AUGGCUCGAAAGAAAGCCGCAGCUAGGCCCAUGACAGCGUGUUGCAGUACCACCAACGUUGCACCGUUGAUCGUUGAUGCAGUAUCCAAGGAGAAGAGCGGCGUGUCCAUGGCUGCUCUGCAGAAGGCUCUUGCUGCCGGGGGUUAUGAUGUGGCACACAACGGCUCCCGCGUGAAGCAAGCAGUGAAGAGCCUUGUGACCAACGGAACCCUACUACAGUCAAAGGGACCGGGCGCAGUCUGUUUUAUGCUAAAUGUUGGGUCACCAUCGAAGACGCGUAUAGCGGCUACUCCGAGUCCGAAGAAAGGCAAGAAAACGACGCGAAGGGCGAAGAAGAGCCCAAAGAAGACGGGCAGGAGUCCCAGAAAAGCGAAGCCCGCCAUGCGCAAAGCAGCUAAAGGCAAGGCAGCGGCUCGAAGAGGUAAAGGUGGAAAAGGACUCGGGAAAGGUGGUGCAAAGCGGCACCGGAAAGUGCUUCGGGAUAAUAUCCAGGGUAUCACCAAACCAGCGAUCAGACGGCUAGCUCGUCGUGGUGGUGUCAAGCGUAUUUCUGGGCUAAUUUACGAGGAGACCCGAGGUGUGCUAAAGGUGUUUCUGGAGUACGUCAUUCGCGAUGCUGUUACCUAUACCGAACAUGCUAAGAGAAAGACUGUGACAGAAAUGGAUGUGGUGUACGCUCUGAAACGCCAGGGCCGCACCCUCUACGGCUUCGGAGGCUAA